UCCUUCAAAUUGGGAUUGGCACACCCCUCCCUGUGCUCGUGCCCGUCCCCGCGUAACCCUUCUCGUCUACCGAGAACCAAUAGACCCAUCCUUAGAGACGAUUUUAUUAUCACAGUUCCUUCGACGCGAAAAUGUUCAGGGCCCGGUCCCUUCUUUCUCUUCUAUGGUCCUUGCAACUUUCAUCUUGAUUUUCUUUUGUGGGUUUUCGAUUUUGGGCAUCUAUGGGGAUUAGGGUCUGGGAAGCUGGUAUCUUGAUGUUGGUGGUCUUGGGGAGGUUAACACGCGGUGUCUCCGGGUCGGAACCGGUUAGGGCUUCGGUUUGCCUAGUGGAGUCGCUCACGGAUUCAAUUUUGGGCCAUCGAGAGGGAUACUGCUACCUAAACGGUGGUGUUGAUUUCGCCCAUUUCAUUGGUGUUACUGAGGGGGAUGAAGUUUCACUGCAAAAGGCACUAAAUAUGGUCCACAAGCACAGACAUGAAUACAUAGCUCUGCUGUUCUAUGCUUCUUGGUGUCCUUUUUCUAGGACUUUUAGGCCAAGCUUGUCUAUCCUUUCAUCUUUGUACCCAUCAAUUCCCCAUUUUGCAAUUGAAGAAUCAGCUGUCCGGCCAAGCAUACUGUCAAAGUAUGGAGUUCAUGGGUUUCCUACUCUUUUUCUUUUGAACUCCACAAUGCGUGUGAGCUAUCAUGGUUCCCGAACUCUUGGUUCUUUUAUUGCUUUCUACAGUGAUGUUACUGGUCUGGAGCCCAUAUCCCUCGAUAAAAUUGGACAAGCUUCAAAUCAGGAGAAGCAUGAUAAUGUUGAGCCCGAAAGCUGCCCAUUCUUUUGGGCAAGAUUUCCGGGGAAUUUGCUUAGGCAGGAGACCUAUUUGGCGUUGGCUACCGCUUUUGUGCUUCUUAGAUUGCUUUACCUAGUCUCUCCUAGGUUCCUGUUAUUUGCCCAAUUUGUUUGGAGGCGAUGCAUUCAAUUUCAGAGAUUGGGGAGCUUGUUGGAGCAUUCACUGGCUUAUCUGAAUCGAGCAAAACAAUUGUCGAAUUACGCACAUGAAUGCAAGCGAAGGAAUUUUCAGGACAGAGCAAUGAAUGCUAGGGUGUGGGCGUCAAAGUCACUUGCGACAGUCUCCAUUGGGGAUGCAAGCGCCGGUAGGUCUGGUCCAGCAGGUGAAUGUUCUUGACCACCUUUCUGGAAUUGGGAAGCAAAUUAUUUAGCUGUUAUGCUGAAUGGGUUUGAUGCAUAUUUUAUUUUGCGAGGUAGUUUUUACUUUCAGAAUCAUCGGAGGUAUAACACAAAAUUCCAUUCUACGUAGCAAAGUGAAAUGUUUACUUUGUUCUGAACUGUAGUGAUUCAUUUCCUUUUUGUUCAUAUGUUGGAGAAUACAAAAGAUUUAUUCGCCCCGGAUA